AUGCUUUUUGACAUUGUCCUCCCACAAGGAACUGAUUGCAGGAGGAAUACAAGAUUCUCGCAGGACCCUCCCCGCGGAAUGUUUUCCUGUCUGAAAAAAUUAGACAUUAAAUACUGUCACAGAAUCGAGAAGCUUUUCCCGUGGCGUAUGCUGCAGAACCUCUGUAACCUGGAAUUUUUGUACCUUUUUUCAUGCGAGAAAAUGGCAGAAAUAAUAGCUGAAGAAGAAGAAGAAGAAGGUAUGGAUGUUACAAACUCUAUAACACUCCCGAGGUUAAGGCAUUCGUCCUUGAAUUGCUUGCCAGAACUGAAAUUGAUCUGCAAAACAACAAUGACUUGCAAUUCCAUGGAGUCUAUUGAUUAUGGGGCUGUAGAAAACUAA